ACCUGCCUCUUAUUAACAGGCUGUCACUGCCUGUCUGCAAUUUUGAAAGAAAAAAAAACCACAACAGACUUUGUUGGAAUUUGACAAACAUGAACUCCUUGAAAUUUGUCUUUUUCAUAUUGGUGCCUCAUUCAUUUGGUCGGUGCUUCGACAUAUCCUUCUCAAUUUGUUGGCUGGGAAAACAUGACGCCCUGAGCAGGCUAAAUGAAAACUUGUGGCUCAACGGCACAUCGUUAAAAUCUAUAAUGAAACACGGUAAAGUGACCUCCCUGACAGUAUCUCCGUUCAUAGAGAAUAAACUUUCCCUUCAGCUCGGGGGCUCCUUUCACAGAUGGACAUUAACAAUCAGCCCACGUACCAAGAUCAUUAAAAUUACAGGUCGACAGAGACCUUCAGAGCAGCCAACUAAUGCCACUAAGAGCUCACUGAAUCUGCUGAGUCUCAAUGAAGUGUUUGCAUGUGAAAGUGGCACAACGUUCCUCCAUCAAGAUGAAAACUUCUUCCUCGCUGUAGGACACACAUCCCGUUUCCCUGUUAAGCUGGAGUCCAGGAAUCCCACCAUGCUGCUGGUCUCCUGGGUGGAGAAUGAUCCCGAUGAGCUCUAUACUCACACUGUGACCCUUUACAACAUAGAAAUGGGAUCCUACUACCCAUUCUUUAGGGACAGCACGUCUCUCAGUCACUACCGCUUCACCGCUCUGGAAGCCUGCAGCCACUAUGUGGUGUGUGUGGAGAUCGAGGAGACUCACUCCCUGACAUGCCUCUCUACCAUUACAGAUCCAGACAUUCCACGAGAUUUGGAAGUGACAUCGUGGAACAGCAGCAGCAUUUCAUUGGCCUGGGACUGCCCUGUAAACCUUAAGUACUCCAACUUCCUCCUCACCGUCUUUUAUCUUAACGGAACCGGCCAUGUCACAGAGGAGGAGGAGCUGUGGCUGGUGGAUGAUAGUUUUACCAUCACCUUGUCUGACCUGCCACCCUGUGUCAGGCUUAAGUUUGGCCUGCAGACCGUUUGCCAGGCAGGAAUAGAGUCCCGCUACAGCAGGAUGGUUCUGAACGAUGGAAACUCUGCCUUCUCCAACAUCGAGUUGUUGAGUCAAAAAUCAUUUGGGCCUGACAAAUACACUCUAGAGUGGGAGGUAAGGAACACCUCAUCCAUCUCUAUGUUCCGAGUUUACCACAAGGGGGCGCUGCAUGGCACCACGCUGUUCACCAGACACACUGUGGGAGGGUUGCUGCCUUGCCACAAGUACCAAGCCAAGGUGGAGGCAUUCUGUGGAGAAAAUGUGCUCAUGAGUGCCAAGACCAUCACAGCACACACAGGACCUCGUGGUGUGUCUGAUCUCCACUACCGCUCCAGUGACUCCACCGCCAUGUGGACGCCCAGCGACCCUAACCAGCCAGCUGUGGCCUACAUAUACAAGCUGAGCCUGCAGAACGGGACCACUAUUGAGAGCAGCCGGGUGUCCAAAACGGAGCUGCCCCUCCCACAGCUGGAGCCUGGCAAACCCUACGUCCUGGAUGUGUGGGAGGAAUGUGAUGGCCAGUGGGAGUCUACACCAGCACAUUUAUCUUUCCAAGGAGCCAAUUCACCUUUUGAAGUCAAUGUGAGGGCCAUCAAUCCCCAAUGGGACAGAGAGUUGGAUUCAGACAAUGUGGGUCUCAAAAUGGUCGUGCCCUGGGCUCUCCCUGAGGAUCUACAGGAUAAUUCUAAAGUGGAGCAGAUUUUCAAACAUAAGCUGCAGGAGUUGUUGGAAGACUUUGAACAGCCAGCCCGCAUUGAGCUGGAGUCCUUUAAACUUGCUGAUGAAAAAACUGAGAUAAAGUUUUGGUCUUUUGAUGCCUCCAAAACCGAAGAUGUCCAGCUGCCAGUUGAUGAUCAGCUCAAUUACAUCAGUUCCAUGAAUUUUCCCAACGUUAGUGUGAGGAGCGGUGUGAUCUACUGGGAGGGUCCAGAUUUUUGUUCUUCCAGACAACUCUUAUGUCCUCAGAACUCUGCCUGCAUCAACACUCUGGGCUCAUACUUGUGUGUUUGCCAGCAUGGGUACCAUGACGUGAGCUCUUUCAUAGAAGCUCCUGCAGCUUUGCAUCCAGUUUGCAAAGAUAAAGGACUUUUCAACCAGUGUCUGCACAAGGUGAUGACUGGUGGGAUAUCGAAGGCUUACCUUACUUCUCUCUUUGAGGGGAACAUUGAGGUGAAGCUCAACGAUGGCCGCUGCCUUGUGAAUGAGAGUGAGGCACUGUACUACUUCCACAUGCCCAGAAAGUCAUCAGUGUGUGGAACAGAGAAGCAGGUAAACAACUCCCACAUUGUGCUCCAGAACACCCUGACCAUCAGUCUGACUGAAGAGCAAACAAUCACCCGACAAGACCUGAAAGUUGUGUGGAAGUGCAUCUACCCACGGCAUUACAUCCGAAAUGCUGAAGUUGCAGCUGACAUGGAGUGGCUCUCCUCGUUAGCUUUGGUGGGGUUCAACUCAUCUCUGCCACUGGGUCUGACCAUGAUGCUGUAUAGAGAUGAGUCCUACACUUCGCCAUACACAGAUGCAGCAGAGCUGUGGGUUCAGGACUCUCUGUUCUUCCAGGUGGCCCUGCAGACCAACAGCUCUUUUACCUCAGACGUGCUCCUGCAGGUGGAGUCCUGUUGGGCUACAGAGGGCACUGACCCAAUGGACGCCGUCCAGGCUGUUUUCCUUCAUGAAGGCUGUCCUGUUGAUGAAACGUUCCACUGGCUCUCUGCUAACGGCCUGUCUCAGAGCAGCAGGUUCUCCCUGCAGAUGUUUAAGAUGCCCAAAGGGUUACCUCUGUACUUCCACUGUCUGACCAACAUCUGCGGACGGGAUGAAGACUGCACAAAGAACUGCACCAGCCAGCAGCGCCCCAAAAGGUCAGUCAGCCAGAUGGACAGGGAAGAGAAACGAGUGACUGUGGUGUCCGCUGGGCCACUGACUGUCGGCACCAGGGUGAAGUCGGUCCAUCCAUCCUACUGGACAGAAGCUGCUAGCAUGUUUGUUGUUGUUGCUGCAUCAAUCAGCUUUUUGGGGAUAGGUGUGAUCUCACUGAUUGCAAUCAAGGCAGUGAUGGCUUAUUAUGAGCACAUGCAGCCUAAAUAAACUUUGGAAGAGCA